AACAUUCUUUAAACGGCCGUUCAAAUGUGUGGCACGUUUUCGGGGCGGCAUCGACGCGGGAGAAGCUGCGGAAGUAGGGCCGGUGUCACAGCAGCGGGGCCACAGGAGGAGCCGAUACCGACGCCGACGCCGCUGUCCGGGGCCUAACUGUCGCCCCGCGCGCAAUCGGAUAAUUUACUUUUACCACAAUGUUGGGUUAUGAUGACUUGGAGGCCUAUGAAGAUGAGCUGUAUCACGAGGAAUCUUCUAGUGAGGCAGAAAUUGAUAGUGAAGUGGAGUUCCAGUUAUACAGUCAAGUACAUUAUGCAAAUAAUAUUAAUGAAGCGAAGAUGGAUGGAAAGAGGGACACAGUUGCUAUAAAUCCCCAUAUCACUUCAGUUGAAGAUAAAGCAAAGCAUUCAAGAAAAAGCAAAGAGCAAAUUAUUUUGACUGAUAGUGAUGUUGUAGUCAUUUCAGAUAGCCCUGAUGUCAUAGUUUUGUCAGACUCUGAAUGCGAUGAUAGUGUUUAUACACACAAGGAUGCUAAACCCUCAGAAUGUUACCUUAAGCAAAACAAAGAACAGUCCAUGGGUGAACGUGCACCUGGAUCAGACCGCUAUUCAAAUCAUUCAACAUCAAGCAUGAAUAGAUUGGCUGAAAUGCAGACAUUAAACGAAAGGAUGGGCAGAACAUGUCAACAGAUCCAAGAGGGAACAACGAUGGAAGAGAGUGGAAGUUCUGGAACAGAAAGUGAUGAUGCGAUAGAGAAUUGGAUGGUUCUGGGAAAUGAUAAGGAAGAAAAAGAUGAUGACAACAUUCAGCUCAAUAUUGUAGAUUGUGAAGCACCGAGGAACAAAGGAGGUAACCGUCAUUCUCAGUGGUUAAUUUCUGAAAAAGAUCGAAAGGGUUCAUUUGUGGGUUAUCGCUAUCGUUACUAUGCACCAACUAACAAAAAUGUGGACUGCAGGAACUGUGGCAAAAAGGGACACAUAUCCAAAACCUGCCUGGCUCCAAAGAAAUGGCCCCCUUGCUGUUUGUGUGGAGUUAGAGGUCACCUUCAGAGAGGUUGCCCAGAGAGAUAUUGCACGAACUGCAACAUGCCUGGUCACUGGUUUAAGGAGUGCAUUGAAAGGGCAUACUGGAAAAAGAAGUGUCAUCGUUGUAGCAUGACUGGUCAUUAUGCAGACGCUUGUCCUGAAAUAUGGAGGCAGUACCAUUUAACGACCAAACAAGGACCAAUAAUAAGUGGACCAUCUGAGCCUGCAACCAGGAAAUCUGUGUAUUGCUACAACUGUGCAAAAAGAGGACACUAUGGCCACGAGUGCUCAAACAAAUGGAUGCAUAAUCAUAUCCUUCCUACCUCGUCACUUGUGUACUAUUAUGAUACUGAGCGAGACAUAAAAAGUAGGGAACGGAGGAUGUGGAAGAAAGUUGAAGAACUUCAAGAUGCUGGGCUUCUUGAAACCGACUUUCCAGCUAAGAGAAUGUGCAGGGAGUCUGCAAACGAAGAUUUGAUUUCCAAGAAAGCAAAGAAAAAACAGAGGAAGGAGAUGCUUAGGAAAAGAUAUGAGAGACGAGAGCAAGGAGAUAGAAACAAAAGUAGUUUGACAAAACGCAAAACAAAACAUCACCAUCAUUCUUCCCCUUCUCUGAAAAAGUUAAAUGAAGGUGCCGAAGAUGAUUUUCCAAGGGGGGGAACAGCAAAAUCAGAAGCUGCGAAUGCUGCUCACCGGAGAAAACAUGGGAGCUCCCAAUUGUUUGUGCACAGUAAUCCUCCACAGACUGAAGCACGACUAGAUCGAAAAAAGAUCAAGAUAAGCAAACAGAAACGUAUGCAGGCAAAAAAAAAGAUAAAGGCUAGGAAAACAAAAGUAUCUGACAAAGCCUCCCCCAUCCCAAAUAGUCUUUUAAUGAUAAAACAAAAAAAAAAGCACAAGAAGCACUAGAAGUUGAAUUGCAAGAAUCUGUAGACUAGUCAAAAUAGUAAAUAGUUGCAUUUGUUUCUGGGAUUAUCGAUGCCACAUGGCAACAAUUAAAUAAUGUAAACAUCAUUGGUUCAAAUUUAAUAUGACAUAUAUGGAAACACACCCAUAGAAGCUUUCAUGUCACCAAGCCACAAGGUAAUACCAAGCAAAAUCGGGGUUUCUGUAAAUGCCAGGAUGAAUACAUUGACAAUGAUUCGUCAGGACCUGCUUUUUGAACAUUCUGUGUAGAAAGAGACAUCAAAAUCAGAAGGCGGGCCAUCAAGAUAGUCUGUAAACAACGGCCCAAGUUAAUACUUGCUUUUAUUCCCAAAUAGAUUAAUAGUUUCAUUUAACAAAGAUUUGAUGAAUUUUCAUCUCAAUUACAUGCUGUGAAGUUAUGUGCUACAUUGUUCUUUGUUACAAUUUGUAAAAUGACUUAUUGCUUGUGUUCUCACUUUACAAGUUAUUAAAAUUUCAGCAUUCCAUAUGUAAUAAAUCUCUUCAGGUAGAAUGUU